AUGUCGAAACACCCCCACGACUUGGCGACCGGAAUUGAUGAUAUGGGGUUGGUGGUGCAGCCGGAACUCAAGGCAGGGGAUCUAUUUUUAGUCGCGGCACCUACGCUCCAAGGCGUUCGACCGUGGAAAGGCGAUCCAAAAAGAUUGUUGACUUACUGGUAUGCAGCACGUGCGGCAGUUCAGUCUAAUCCUGUUGGACCUCAUUCAGAAACCGAAUCUUUGCCGGGAUGGGCGGAUGAGGCAACGCCUGAACAAAAGGCGGUCUUGUAUACCCCUGGGUUUAAGGGUUCAAACCCACCACCGGUGGUAAAUACAGAUGGCGAAAAAACAUGGGUGGAGGAAGACACGUCCGUCAUUCAUCCAUCAAUUUAUACCCGCGACCCAGAUUCUGGAAUUGAUGAGAAAGAGUUUUACUUUUGGGAUUUGAAUGGGUAUCUGGUGGUGCGCGGCGUGAUGGAUGAGCAGUGGCUGGCAGAAGCCAAUGAGGCGGUGGAUAAAUUCCAAGAUCGUAUCGCCGUAGGCGAUGAACUGGCGGGCGGGUCAGUAAGCCAAGCUGGUACAGGGCGUCCGCUCCUGUCGGGUUUGUUAGACCUGCCAGCACCUAUAGCGAACCAUUUCGACGCAUGA